AUGUAUGAGCUGAAGAUGAAGGGAGGGCAAUUCUGUAAUAACAGCAGCAGCCGAUGGGGUGACGACGGAGAUUUAAUGGCGGCGGCGGCGGGAUAUUUGUGGCCUCCGAGGUCUUACACCUGCACUUUCUGCAGGAGGGAAUUCAGAUCCGCCCAAGCCCUCGGCGGCCACAUGAACGUCCACCGCCGCGACAGGGCCGCCAGGUUGCGCCGCUCUCCGCCGCCGCCGCAGCCGUCGAGGGGAUCUUUCUCCGCCGCCGCCGGCGCAGGUUGUACUAACCCUAACCCUAACCCUAAUCCUAACGUUAACCCUAAGGCUAGGUUUGUGUCGAAUCCGAGCCCGACGCUGUCGUCUCUCUUGACAAAACUUCCUCAGUUCGCCGCCAAAUUGUCUCCGCCGCCGCGAGAGGAUGAGGUACGGAAAUGGUGCAGGGAUUCCGGGCCGGGCCAGGGAAGCAGGAACGGGCUUGUGACGAAAGAUUUGGUGUGGAAAGAAGGUUUUGGUAAUUGUGAGAAAGAAUUUAGGUUUUGUAAUGAGAUUGUCAGGUUGGAUUUGGAGAUUAAUAAUUCUGAAUCCAAACACGAUUUGGAUUUGGAUUUAGAGCUUCGGCUCGGACAGUACUGUUAG